AUGAUUCAGUACAAAUAUGUGAGAAAUGGAAAAGCGAAUGGUAAAGAAAUACUCCAAAAUAUAUUGCUUAGCGUAGGCUGGUUGCACAUUAAGUAUACAAAUUCUUCAGUCUUUCUCAUUCCGUUCAUUGUUCGUCUUGUUAACAAACACAUAAAAAUGUUGGAAAUUACUUUUGUGCCAUGGCAACGAUUGCUUUUGGCACUUCCUUUGGCUUUUCCUUCAGAAAUCAGCGAAAAUAACCGAGGUAUCAAUUUAGCACUAACAGUUGACGCUAUGGUGCUUCCCCACAUGCCAUUAACUCUAAAUAAGGCUACCAUAAGGCAGCUUAAGAAAUUCUUCACUAGUCCAACACAUAACUAA